AUGUCAGAAUCGGCGUCUCUUUUACAAAUAUUAGGCACAAUCAGGAAAGAGCUCACAAGGGGCAUAACAAUUGGAAUAGAGAACUUUCAUGAACACUAUUAUCUGAGGAAUAUGGAAUACUAUUGCGAGACUGACUGCUUCAAUGCUCCAACCAUUUCGAUUUCUCCUGGAAAAUGGGGAUUAGGAGCAUUUAGGUCUUCAAUAACAAAUGGCACACGAGGCCUUUUGACAUACGAACUCCAAAGUGAAUCAUUUACCCUCACUGAUCGCCUGUUUCUGAUCAUCGGUUGGCACGUGCCUCUUAUCGGGGACAAUCACUAUUUCCUUCACGUAGCUCAGGUAGAAUCGCCCGACUUUCCCGCGAAAGAGUCAGAGAGACAAAGGGUAUAUGAAUUUUUAUCGCACAAAAAGACGAGGGCUGGAAAGAAGACCAUAUUUUGUUAUGUAAGUCCGGAGGUUGUUGAUGAUCAGAAGCAACAAGUGAAUGAAAAAGAGGAUGGGAAGGCAGAUCAUGCAUCUAGGAGUUGUUUGACUGUAUGUGCAUCCAUGGCUACAACCUCCUUAGCCAAUCUUAGAGUGGAGAUCCAUCCCCAAAAGUUUCCAACAGAUGAACAGAAUGUCGAAGGAACUAUACACAUUGCUGGCCCCCCUCAGAGAUUUUCUUUUACAAAAUUAAUGGAGGAACGGUUUGCAAAUGCCGAAAUUAAAGUCAACGAUGCAUUAGAAAAAUUUCUUAAAAUUAAAACCGAGUCUACAGUGAAGGACACUAGAAAAGGCAUUUGA